AUGGGGAAGGAAUAUGUCCUGAUUGAUGAGCUCUUGGAUGACUAUAUUCCAAUCCUGAUUCAGCACAAAUUGGCGUUGCGCCUCCUCCCAGAUAAGAAUCCUGGGGAUGAGGAAGCCAAUGAGAAGUUUCAGCAGCUGCAGAAGGUUAUAUCCAUUCUUGGUGAUGCAGAGAAAAGAGCUUUAUAUGAUGAGAUUGGCAUCACUGAUGAUGACGCACUGGUGGGAGCAGCUGCAGACAAUCUUCAGGAGUACUUCAGAACAAUGUACAAGAAGGUCAGUUUGAGUGCAUUUGCAUUCUUGUUCUCUGAGUUGGUUCAGUACAACCAGACUCAAGUUGACAACAUUACUGAGCUGGAACGGAGGCUGGAGGAUGCUGGUUAUGCGGUUGGUGCAAGGGUGCUUGAACUAAGGGAGAAGGAAACACAAAGGCGAGGGCGACUCCAGGACCUGUCAAAACGCAGGAUUGACGGCUUCAAGGACGGUCGCAGGGCUGAGGUGGGCAACACAGGUCGGGCUCGGGCGUCGGGCGACGGCGACCUAGCAACGCAGGUCGUGCGAGGGCGUCGGGCUGCAACGUCGGGGGCGAGGGCGAGGGCGACUCUCCAGACCAGGCAACGCGGGCAUCGGAGGCGAGGGCGACGGUGUUGGGGGCGAGGGCGAGGGCGACUCUCCAGACUUGGCAACGCAGGUCGGGCGUCGAGGGCGAGGGCGAGGGCGAGGAUGAGGGUGACGACGGGCGAUGGUGUCGGGGGCGAGGGCGUCUCUCCAGACCUAGCAACGCAGGUCCGUCGUCGGGCGUCGGGGGCGAGGGCGAGGGCGGCGAGGACCCAGGACGAUCGACGGAGAGGUGCGACGUUGAGCGAGGGCGAGUGCGAGGGCGUCGGGCGAGGAUUGGUACCGUGCGCGAUUCUUUCCUUAGCGUGCUAUUGUUUCCUUUACCGGACUGAGAUUUUAUAUCAGGAAUCCUUUCUUUUUCUUUAUUUCAUUUCGCACCCUUCCACCUCUCUGUUAUAUAUUAUUCUGAAUUGUAAAUUUACAUCAGGAAUCCUAUCUUGUUUUUUUAUUCAAUUUUGACCCUUCCACCUCC